GUUUGUUGCUGAUGUGAACUUGAUAAACGAAAUUUCAGUGUAAGACAAAUGUGGAUGUUUGUUGCUGAUGUGAACAUGAUAAAGGAAAUUUCAGUGUAAGACAAAUGUGGAUAUUUUUGUGUUGAUGUGAAUGAUGAAGGAAAUUUCAGUUCAAGACAAAUGUGGAUAUGUUGCUGUAGUCUGUAGCUGGUGAGAGACUGAGACUAGCGAGAGUGACAGAGAAAAGAGUUUCUAAAAAAUCAAGAUGGCGAAACAGGAUGAAACGGUUGAAACAAACAACAUCAUGGAAGAAAAAACACUGUCUGUCUUGUCAGAUUCUGCAGGGAUAGAAACAGUUACUUCUGAAACGACACCUCCGGUUAUUAGCACGGAAAGCUCUUCUCACGAUGACAAACUAUUGAAGGUUCUUGAGAGCAUGCAGGCACUCCAAUUAAAACUUGUGUUCAGUCACUUUGAUGAAAGUGGAGAUAGGAAGAAAUUAUUGGAGUUACAACGUCUGGAGGCCAUCGAUGAACUAUUGGAGUAUGAUGAUUCUGUCAAGCUUGUGGAAUCUCGAGGGAACAAGAAAGAUGAAGGGAAUAACUACCCAAAAGAUGCUUUUCAAAGAUUUAUGGACGUUCAGGCUAGGAAUCGUCAGAUGAGAAAUCAUUAUCAUGCACUUUUCUGGAGAAAGGUUAAGGCAGACAGAGAAAACAGUCUUCCUUUAUCCCGGAAUGAUUUGAAAAAUGUCCUACUCGAACGAAAAGCUUUGAACCGAAAGCAUUUUCUACCCUUUGCAGUUGAGAGUGUACUCGAUAUUUCUCCACAACAACAUGGGGUUUUACUAAUGUCAUGUGGUGGCCUCCUAAGUUACCUAGCAAAAAACUCUACCACACCAUUUGAAUUCCGGUUUGGAAAAACCACAGACACACCAGUACCGUCGCUAUUAAGCUUUGAGGAUGCAGUUUUUGCUUUCUUCCCAGAAAUGGCACAUAUGGCAUUGUUCAUGAUAUUCUAUAUUCUGACAUGGAUGCUGGUUUUGCCACUACGCUUUGGAGUGCAGAUGUUUUUUAUGCUACUAUUGAUUUCUGCACCCUUCUUUUAUUUUCCCGAGCUGGUACGAAAGGCGUCAGCUUCAGGGGUUCAUGUGGCUUGCGGCGGCUCAUUCAAGCUGCCUCUGAUUGGAUUUUCUACUUUAGGGGCUUUUGGCAUUACCUUUGCUUUUGGGUUAGUGGCAUUGUUAGUGUUUUAUUUGAUUUGGAGGUUCGUAUAUGGAAGGAAACCAACAAGAGGUAAAGAUAUUGAGGUUAGCUCGGAUGAUUUGUUGUCUCUGAUAUCAAACGUUUGAGUGACCUUAAAUGUAUUGUCCUCUGGUUUUUCUAUGUAAAAGUAUCUGUAAUGAGAAAACAGAAAAACCAUUUUAGGUUACAUUAUAAAUAUUAAAAACUUGGGUAGGAGUGUUAGCAAUA